AUGUUCCACCUUGCUCAGCAUGCUGGCCGCCAGGCCAUGUCGGCCGGCCGGCCGACGAUCGCCCGCGUGGCCGCCGCCCACCAGCAGGCGGCUCGCGGCCCGGAGGAGGCCAGGGCCACGCGGGCGCCCCCGAGGGCGGGCUACUCCUCCUCGCCCACGGGCCAGGGGGUGUGGCCGUCCUCCGGGCCGGGCGCCAUCGGCCAGCAGGCCCUCAAGGUGGAGGCCGACAAGCGGGCCAACAAGGAGCCCCAGGAGCAGCUGGGCCCGCAGCAGCACCAACUCCACCAGCAGAAGGACCAGUCGUGGACGCGCACCGGCCCCGGCGGGGGACCCGCCCCCCACAAGCCCCUGUCGCACUCCGCCCCCGCCUCUGCCCAUGGCCGCACUGACCCCGAGUCUGCAUUUGUCUCCGGCCCGGCCGGGACCUCCGCCGCGCCGGGGUUCUUCACCAGGCUCCUUCGCAGGACCUCGCACACCCUCCACCUCGACACGAUGCCCAGCAUGAACAAGGACCACGGCAAGAUGCCCGGCUCCGGCGCGGCCGCCGGCCAGCAGAAGCAGCACGGCGCCUCGCAGGCCAAGCAGCAGCAGCAGCAGCAGCAUGCCGACAAGAUGGACGCCCAGUCGGCCUCCUCCAGCCACAGCCAGAUGCACUCGGAGGGCAGCCACUCCGGCGAGUUCCAGGCCGCCGGGUCCUUCUACUCCAGCAGCUUCUCCCAGGUGGGCGACGAGAAGCCCAAGAUCUCCCGCGCCCAUGGCCAGUGGACCGCCGACCCGCAGGGGCACAUCACCGGCAGCGCCGAGCGCUUCGUCGACUCGGGCGCCGGCGAGCCCAAGCACGAGCGCUUCGAGUACUCGCCCGAGGGGCGCCUGAAGCAGGUGGCCGGCGGCCAGCAGCAGGCCAAGCUCGGCGCCAGCCAGCAGGAGCAGCAGAAGCACCUUGGCUCCGGGGCCGCCGCCGCCGCCGGCGGCGCCGGUGCCAAGCAGCACCAGCAGCAGCAGCAGCAUGGCCACCAGCAGAUGGGCGGCGCCGCCUGCCCGCCGGGCGCCGACGCCCAGAAGAAGGCCGGCGCCGCUUGCCCGCCCGGCAGCAAGCAGCAGAAGGGCUCCAAGCAGCACCAGGGCCAGUGCGACUAAGGGGCCCGGGCCCGGCCCGGGGGCCUGCCGAGCGGGGGGCGGGCCCCCCUGGGGCAUGCGCCUGUGUGUGUGUGUGUGUGUG